AUCUGUUGAACGUAUGCGACUAGAUUAACAUCACCAGAGGCUGCUGAAAUUUCGGAUGCUUCUUCCUUACAAUAAAUCACGAAAUCUGAAUAAAUCAAUGCUGGUGUGACACACAAAUAGUGUAUAUUGAAUGACCACCUUUUUAAAGGUCUAAAUACUCGGCUUAAAUCUUGUCGAUCCUUUUAGUAUCUCACUUUUUUGUUCGAUGACCUUGCAUCUUUGGCUACUUUUCGUAUAUCAUGAAAAAGCCGUGUCGUUCUGACGAUCUUCGCGAGAAGUAUUUGGAGAGAAAUAACAAACAAAACAGCAUCCAAAGUACUUUUAUGCAUUCAGGACACUAUCAAACUGCAUAUAACUGGGAGGAUGAAAAGAACAGGACGAAAGACUUUUACGAUGAUGGAACAUCCACGUUUUUCUGGAAUACUCAUACUGUGUUGUGCUUGUUCAUAUUUGCAUGUAUUCUCAUCUACGUUGCCUUGCUAGAAAAUGGCAAUUAUUCUUCCGAAUACAAUAUGAAGCGUGGUAUUAGUGCGGUUAUCAUGGUAUUUGUCUUGUUUGGAGUUUUGCAUACACCAGAUGGCCCGUUUCUCCGACCACAUCCUGCAUUUUGGCGCUUUAUACUCUGUCUUAGCAUUUUAUAUGAGCUUAUACUAGUUUUCCUGUUAUUUCAAAGUGUAGACGAUGCUCGUCAGUGGUUACGUUACUUAGACUUAGAGCUUGGUAAACCUUUGGAAGAAAAGGAUUAUGGUGGGAAUUGCCGAAUAUACGAUUGGGAUAGACCAGACAAUCCAUGGCACAAUGUCAUCGUCAGUAUUUAACGUGUUACAUUUAUUGCCAAUUUUUUAUAACCUAUGGGUUCGUCUUUUUGUAUGCUCACUCAAAAAUGGAUGGUUUCGUGACAGUUCAUUUUGUUGGCUGGUGGGCUAAAACAUUAAUCCUCCGAGAUUAUUGGAUAUGCAACGUCUUAAGUUUUGCUUUUGAAGUAUUAGAAUACUCAUUAGAGCAUCAGUUGCCAAAUUUCUCAGAAUGUUGGUGGGACCAUGUAAGUUCGGAUUUUGAAUUAUUACUCUUAUUUUAAGCAUCGAUAUAUAUAUAUACAACAAAAAGUCCGUGCUAUUUCACAAAAUAUAAUUUGGGUUUAUUUUGUAAUUAACUAUAAAUUAACAUAUUUAGAUUCUACUCUAAAUAGUUUUUUAGAACGACUGAUCAUUAAGGAUAUUUCAUCUUCAAUAGAAACAGCGCACUUAUUAACUGCCAUCGAUUUUUUGAUUUAGUCCUGCCUACUACUAUUGUCAUAAAUUAUUAUGCCUAUGAUUCUGUGUUUUAUUAGACUCUGUGUGUCAUUGUUAUUACCUGACAAUUCGAUUCGCUUCCUAGCACUUAACAUGACCGGUUAUUAAGUAGUAUGGCGAUUAAAAAUCUUUCUUUAAUGCCGAAAUUAAACAGUAAUCUUUGACGAGUUUCGUUCUCUGGGCUGGAUGGUUCAUUUGUGAGUGAAGGUCUGCCUUUAUUUGCCUAUCAGUUAGAAAAGAUGCAAAAAACAAAUGGCUUAUGAAUCAUGGUAUAAAAUUCGCUGUUCAUAAUUUAUUAAGGGAUGUUACGAAUUGUAUAGUUCCUCGGUAAUAAUAUUUCUCUCACAUGUUGUUCAAGUACUUUGAUCAUUGAGUAUUACAAAGCUGUGAUGUGAUUAGGGUUUUCCUCGAUAUUAUUUUUGACAAAUCAGACAUCUGACUUUACAGGGAAGUGUAUGCGAAUCACCUUACCGAAUCGAACUAAUUUCUAAAUGUAAUUAUCUAAAUUAACUCAGUAGUCAAGUCCUUAAAUGUUUUAAAUACUAACAGUUUAUAUGAAAAGAUGGAUAGUAGUUAUCAGUGGAAUCUAGGAUGCGCAUUUCGUUUUGUUUGGGACUCGUCAGCUGGAUGUACCUGCACAUCAGAGUUGCACAUAUGCCAAUAAGAGACUAAUCAAUUGCAAUACUAAACAUCAAUCGGAAGAUUCAAGCAACCAAUACAAAAAUGAAAUAAUAGCUUAGGUCAGCGAGCAUCUUUAGGUGAAGUGACGGCAACAGUACUAAUUCAUAUUGUGAUCUCAAGAUGUAUUUCAUAUUUGUAUCUAUCAAGGUGCAGACUUUAGAAAAUUACAUUCACAAACAUAAUAUUCUGUGAUUGUAUAUACUACAUUAUAAGUAGUCUUACCGUGAUAUGAAUUAUUUCUAUUUAACCUUGAAAAAUGUUAUCUAUUUUCAUGACGAAUAUGUUAAGGAUACAAAUAAUAUACUUGAUUGUUUCGCGUCAAUAAGAUUUCAAUAUAUGUAACUUUCGUUAUGGUGAGUCUGCUUUUUAUGUUUAACAUACAUAAGUCACCUUUUGCUAGAAUGUGAUCUAACGAAGGUAACUAUUUUUCAGUUGCUCAAUGGUGUAUAAAGUUUUUUAAGUAGAUUUCUUGAGAGAUGUGUUUUGUCGAAAUUUAUUUAUUUGUUGCAUUGUAGGUUUAACUGAUAUAUAUAUAUAUAUAUAUAUAUAUAUAUAUAUAUAUAUAUAUAUAUAUAUAUACUUCUCAGAAUAUAAAUUUACGUCCAGUAUGUUAGCCAUCUUUAAUUCACGUAUAUAUACAUGAUUUGAGCAUUUAACCUACAAGUUUUCCUGACGUAGGGUUUUGGAUAAUGUUCGCUUCAUUUGUCUGUAAUUACGUUUCGAACUUGAUUUUCAGUCAUUAAAUCAUAAUUCCAGUCUUGGCAGUCUGAUAACGUAUGAAGUUAUCAACAGUAAAUAUAAUUCAACACGAGAUACGCUAUCUGAAAACGAGUGUUGAAUUGAUGUAGCGUUAGGACAUAUUUGCCAAUAAAUACGUAUUUCAUUCAUUCAGUUCCUUGUCUAAUUACCCACACAGAGUGUAUGAUUUCUUUUGCUCAUACUACUACCUCGACCUGCCUUAAUUAACACAUUUCUUUUAAAUCGUUUAUCUCAAUCCUUGACUACAAGUGUGUAAUACAUUUUUUAGUUUCAAACUUAAUCCUCAUCUAUGAAUGUUAUCCAAUUUGUGAUUGUGAAUGCUUGAAGCACUUCAUAAAAUGUUUUCUUGUUAUUACAAGAACUAUAAAACAUUUCUUGAUUUUUUCCAGUUACUAGUUUGCUUUUUUCACGUUAUAUUUAUGUUCUCACUUUUCUUUUAACAAUAUAAAAAAAUACAGUGGAUCAUGGAUUUUCUAGGUUGCAACCUUCUCGGAAUUUGGUUAGGCAUGAAAACAAUCAAUUAUUUAAGCAUGAAGCCGUAUCAUUGGCGAGGCAUGUGGAAUAUCCCCAGUUACAGGUCAUUUUUAUUUAUUCUGAUUUUAUUAUUGAACUACAUCAAACCUGAUUUAUCGUCCCUUUCUCUCGAAGUUCACAACACUGCUAAAUUUAACAAUUAAAAUUUGUUCGUUCUUUUGUGGGGAAGAGGCGAUUCAGCGUGAUCAUCGCCUCGCACCAAAAACUAACUGAAGCUAGGAAUAUUAAUAUUCGGUCUCGGAGUACCACCAAGCUCUCGGGUUCGAUCCCUGGCAAAUUCGACUGUGAGAACUGUUUAAGAGUCCUAAAAUAGGGUGAAUUAGUUGUUAGUACAUCUUGGUUUUCGAUGAUUCAGCAUCUGAAAUCCGUGUCAAAAACUGUCUGAACAGUCAAGAUUAUUGUUAUUAAUGGCUUUAUUCAAUAUUAUAUUUUUGGUACAAUAUAGAAUUCUCAGCUACCUUUGAAAAAUCGGAUUUUUAAACUUCAACUCGUGAAGUUUUUUUUUCGAUCUUGUCAUUGAUUAGAAUUGUUAUUUUCCAAUUUGACUAUGUAUUUGAAAGAUUUAUUUAUGUGCACCGUCGUUUUCAGCAAUUCUAACAACUACUUUGGCGUACUGGCCUAUCACUUUGCAUAUCCCGUAGCUCUUACUGUUAACUAGCUCUUCCCUAUCAAAACAUCAGCAUGUAAUUUAGUGCAACUCAAGGUAUAAUAGUUCAAAUGUGGGUCAUUUGUGUGUGUGUUCAAUAUAAAUCCCUGGUUAUAUUAGAUAUUUUUUCGCGUUUUAUCAGUUCCAUUCAAUUAAUCAGUCUCAGUUAUACGCAACGUAGAAUCUUACACAUAUGCAUCAGUUCAAGUUGCCAUACCACAUUAGCACAGCAAGAUGAAAACAUUUCAAGACAAGGCCCAGAAAGGUCAGAGCAGUAACUGUAUCAGUAGUAGUAGAAAAGAUGAGGUACAAAAAAAAGAAACAAAGAUAUAACGAGAUUCAGAUUCUAAAUGAAAAGUAGUAAAUGUACCCACGGUAUUGUGAAUGAUUCUGACCCAAGUCACCCCUAGCUUUUCUGCAACCACCGUCAAGGUAUGCGGUGGAUAAACAUACGUAACACAUGUUCUGACCAACUCAGUUGGUAAGCACUUACCACCUCAUCAAUUGAUUUGGUAUGUUUGCCUAGUGCCAUAUGCUUAACCUCAGGACCGGUCACUCGGUCGCAAAAUACACGAUCGAUGCUUCGAAGACACUUUUGAUCAAAUAAUAAUAGCCUGCGAAUAUCCUCUGC